CAACGCUCCACUCGCUUUUUCCUCCAAAAGCUCUGAUAGUUGUGCCCUGUGCAGAAGAUGACUAGACUGGCCAAGGCAGACCUGUUACACUUGCCUGAAUUAGGCAUUGUUUGCCAUGCCACUAAACCUGCCGCCAAGUGACAACUUCAUGGGGGAAAUGAGAGCGGAGUCUGGCCUGCAGAAGAUGGACGCCCUGUCUCUGUUUUUAUUGUUUUAUUUUGCUUUCUUUUCUUUUUUCUUCUUUAUUUUUCUUUUAAUUUUGUCCUUUUUUUGCCUUAAUUCUUUCAUUUCUACCUGUUGAACUGGUUCUUCAGUUCUGUAAAAAUUGUGUUCCAAGAGUUCAUGAUUUAUUUUAAACUUAACCCAGUGAAACUGUUUCAAGAUGGAAUUCCAUCUUUUCAGUAAGAGUUAAGCAGCAUCUUAGAGCUGGUUUAGAGUUUAUAAUUAAACUAUAGAAAAAAACUAAAGCAUGCAUAAUUAGAUGUAAAAAGUACUGAGAUCAAUGAAAUGACAUCUGAUUGAACAUGGCUAGAACUGGGUUCUGUAACAAAUGAAGGGAGCCAUUUGUUUUUAUUAGCCAAAGGUAUUACAUACAUGUGUAUGGCUUUAUCUGGACUGUACUUUGAAAUUUUCUUUCUUUUAUUCUGAAACUUCUCUGUCUCUUACCAAGCAAAGUUAAAUAACAUGACAAGUUGUUUGCAAUGUAGAAAGACAAUGGUCCCAUUCACACACUGAGUAGCAUAGGAGCCACUUUUUCAUUGUUUUUAGCUGCAGUAUAUAUGUGACUUCUAUGACCAUGUGAAAAUUCUAUGAUGAAGACAUUUCCGCAUGGCUAGAUGAAUGUGUGAAGGGGGCCAGUGUUUCAAGAUUAGUAGGGCAUUGUAUAUAUUUCAAUUUUAUAAGUCAGCUUACUAAUUUCUGCGAUAAAUCUUGAAAAUAUGGAAAACACAUAAAUAACUGUCAAUUGACCUUUGAAUGAUUGACCAAUGUUUAUUUUAUAUACUGUCUUCUCUUUACUGUAGCAUUCUGUGGGAAGACAACAAGCACAACUGAUUUUUCUUCUGCAUUUUGACAGAUGAUUAUGACACACUCUUAGAUACAGCAGACACACAUCCUACAAGCUUUUUGUUGUCAAGUUUGACUAUUUUCUGCAAAAACUUACCAAGAAAUACCAACAGCUUGUUGCCUUUCUCUGUACUAAAGAGAGCUCAGUUUUAUAGUUAUCUUCUCUGUGACGGUGCACAUGCUUGCACUCUUCCUCCUGAAGCAUUUUUAUGUACUCUGAAAUGUUUGGUAAUUUUAUGUGAACAGAUAGAUAAUUAUAAUAGUAGCCGUAAAUCUUCCAGAAUAUGUAGGUUCUUCUAAUGAUCCAACAGAAUUUGUGCUAAAACCAGUAAAACUUUUGGAGAUGUGUAAAAAUUACCUCAAGCGAGGGGUAUGACACCUGCCAGAGCUGUUAAAUUCAGAUAAAUUAAUAAAGAAAUACUGUUACUAAUCAAUUUAAAAUGACUUUAUCUAGAUCUGAGUUAGUGCUGGGUGUGUUCUGUAUGCAUGCUUCAUAUCACUGCUUUAAAGAAGAUUAUUUUAAUAAUCAGCAGUGUGUUGUAUACAAGAAGGAGUUCAACAUAUAUGAAUGGCUUUUACAGGGAUAGCUGCUGUAAUAGUUACCAUUUGGGAGGUUUAUAUUCCAUUUUUAUCAGUAAGUUGAGAGAAGUACAGAUAUAUUUAGCCAGGAACAAAAUUAUUUAAGUAAAACAUUAGUUUGUUAGAGUGGUUGAGUAUCUCUAUUCUGGUACAGCCCUAUUCUGAAUAUUAGAUUUUAUUUAAUAAAAUAAAUAGAUAUUUGUUUUAGUUUAGUUUUGCAGUUUUAAUACUGCUUUUUAAAAUAAUAAAGGAUUAUGUAGUAUUUAGCAGUUAUGUUACCCUAAAUAUUCCUACUCAGUGGCUAUAGGUAUAACAGUUUACAAGGCUAAAUUGAGGAUCUAUUUAUACACCUGAUUUACAUGGAGUGACUGAGUAGUCAGGGCAAUGUAGGAGUAAGUGAGCAUGCUCUCUUGGGACAGGUCACCAUUUCUGCUUUGCUUCUAAAUUACAAAAAACCCCAGGGCCUUUUCUGGGUUUUUUGCUAUGGCAUUUGAACCUAGCAUUUUUAAUUGUGGAAGAAGAAAUGAUCCAUAGUUUUAAACCAACAACGAACUUGAGCUCAACAGAGUUCUGGGUUUAAUUCUUGUAGUAAAUAACUCAGAAAUGGGGCUUUCCUGGUUUGUUUGUUUGUUUUGGGCAGGGGAUCUGGAAAUGAAAGAAAUGGCAAGCAGUUGCAAGGCAGUGUGCUCACUCCUGCUUGGUCUCAACUCAUGGUUGCCAUUAUGCCCAAACUGCAUCAUACAACUUGUUAUCCCUCAACAACUGAUGAUUCUUCAGUCCAGCAGAAGGCCCCAAGACUGCAACAAAGGGAGAGGCUAUUUUUGGUUAUUUUUAUUCCUGCGGCACUUAAUACCACUUCCCAAGCAUUUCUGGUAUCCUUUCUGCAGAGAUUUUGGUGUAGUGCAGAGGUCUGCAGUGGGAAGGAUUAAUUGCCAAAAAUGGGCUACCUUCCUGUUCUACUGGCAGAAGUCUCCACUGGAUCAAAAACCUUUAACAACACAGAGGCACCAUGAGAGUCAACCCAUUGUACCUAACCAUGGAAGCCUGCAGUUACAUAAUAUACUGAGGAACAACUCCCAUUAAACUUAGCCAGGUUUUCUUCUGAAUAGACAUGUAUAGGUUGCACUUGAAAUGAUCUAAGUGCAUUUAUCUUGUCAUUUACAUCAGUGGUAGAACCAGUAUUUGAUCUCGAGACUUAACAAAUAGGAACACUUCUGCCCUUAAAAUUCUACUGAAAUCAUGAGACACCGGUCAGUUCAUACCUAGCUGGGUCUGCUAUGUUUUUUUUUCUUUCAGGCCUAAAUCAGCAUCAUUUGAGCUAUACUCAAAUAAAAAGACAUUUCCAUUUAAAUAUUUCUAUUGCUGUAUUACUCUUCUUUAAGUUUAUUUUGUCAUUUUAUGGUUCAGAAAGUAAAAUUGGCCUAGGAAGUUGAACAGUGCAGUUCUCCAGACAUCUGUUACCACAAAUAAUCUUCUUAUUUUGGAUGUGUAACAAACUUCAAGGACUUAAUUAGGGCUCUGUCAAUUUGCCCUGUCUUGUGUUUCUGUCUUGCUCUGGAAGAUGAGAAUUAUAGUAUUAAAAGAUGGGCAGAUAAAAAUUAUGCAAAACAUUUAUAUUUCUUUGGCAAUGUCAGGUACUACCAGGUAAACAGAUUCUUGAGGAGGACUGAAAUGACUAGAUUGCUUAUAGCUAUUUGAUAAGUAACACUUUGUGUUACUUCAGACAAAGAUGACUCUGAGGCAAAGCACUUUGCCAAGUGCAGUUUGUGAUUUCUGCUCAGCUUUUCAACUAAUUGUUUUAGAUCUGUGUGUGUUAGAAUGUUUUAUUCUUCUUUAUUAUCUUAAGCUUACAUCAAGCUUCUUAAGGAAGAACCUGAAAUCACAAUGAAGAGCUUUUUUUUUUUUUUUAGACACUUUAGGGAAGGCUUUUUAUACUUCAAGUAUGUGGUCAGUGCACUUAGUGGUCCACUGCAGGCAUAAUGCUUAACCUGGGUGUCACUGAAAAAGAUUAAAAUACCAAAUAUAUGGUGAAAUGUUGGUUUAUUUUGCUGAGGUAAGCCUUGCCUGCAGAAGAUGUAGGGGGGGGGGUCACUGAAACCUGCUUGUCACUCCGUAUUGCCUUAAGCACAUUUACUUGGUGGAGAGGUAAUAUUUAAUAAAGGUUCAGGAAUCAGACAUAAUGCUUAAUGGCAGUUAUGUCUGCAUAGGGCAGUGAGAUCAAGCAAAUAUUUCAAAUAAGGAUUCCAGAGCACUUACUCCCUUUUGAAGUUAAGGAAGCCAUGGACCUCAUCGUGCUGAAGUAUAUAAGCUACAAAUCAGUAUGGUUCUAGGUUUCUUGCCUUACCUGUUGCUGCAGACUGACUACUUGUAGUCACCUGUUAACAUUUUUCGCAGCCCUUUCAACAGAAGAAAAGGGAAGAUUUUGGUUAGCACACUCCUGUUUCCUCUUUUUUUUCCUUUUGACUGAUUUGGUUAUUUGCCAUUUCUGGGGAUUAAACUUUAAAAAAUGUUCUUCUUUUCUGUAUCUGAUGUUCUGUGUGCUAUUAGUGAUGCAGCCAACACGAACGGUUGUCAUGUGUAACACAACUUUCGAUCACCGUGAAAACAACGUCCUGCGAAAGCGUCCAUGCUUGAUAUCGUUUGGUUCAUGAACAUUAAGUUUCCAGUACAGGUAAAAUCCCAGAUGAAGCCAAAGCCCUGUCUCUGUUGGCUCCUGCACCUACAAUGACCAGCCUGAUUCCUGGUGGAGGGUUGCUUCCUAUACCAACGCCUCCUGUGAGCUCGAUUGGUAUUUCUCUUGGUCCACUGGGGGCUAUACCAGCAGCAGCGUUGGAUCAUAAUAUUACAGCCAUUGGAGACAUACCCCAGCCACCCAUUAUGGGCAAUGUGGAUCCUUCCAAGAUAGAUGAAAUUAGGAGGACUGUGUAUGUUGGAAACUUGAAUUCCCAGACUACUACAGCUGAUCAGCUGCUUGAGUUUUUUAAACAAGUUGGGGAAGUCAAGUUUGUGCGGAUGGCAGGUGAUGAGACACAACCAACACGCUUUGCCUUUGUGGAAUUUGCUGACCAAAAUUCUGUACCUAGAGCACUUGCCUUUAAUGGUGUUGUGUUUGGAGACAGACCGCUGAAGUUACAAUCUAAGAGACAUCAAAUGGACUGGGAAAGGAAGAGAAUGGCAGAUAAUUUCAGAAUAAAUCACUCCAAUAAUGCAAUAGUGAAGCCUCCAGAAAUGACCCCACAAGCUGCUGCUAAGGAGUUGGAAGAAGUGAUGAAAAGAGUACGGGAAGCCCAGUCAUUUAUAUCUGCUGCUAUUGAGCCAGAGUCUGGAAAGAGCAGUGAAAGAAAAGCUGGUCGGUCGCGCUCGCAUUCACGUUCAGAAUCCAGGUCUAGUUCAAAAUCUCGAAGGAAAAGAUCACACUCAAAACGCAGGAGUAGGUCCCGUGAUAGAUCACGCUCUAGUCAGAAGGACAGGCUCAGAUCCCGAAGUCCACUCAAAAAGCGAUCAAAAUCUAAAGAACGACGACGAUCAAGAAGCCGUUCUCCUUCUCGGGAGAAGAGGAAGCAAAGCAAAGAGAGGACCAGAGAAAAAGAUAAGAUUAGAGAAAAAGACCGAGAAAAAGAAAAAGAGAAAGACCGGGACAAAGAUAGGGGCAGGGAUAAGGAGAGAGGCAGGGACAGAGAGAGAGACAAGGAAAGGACCAAGGAUCGAGACAAGGACAGAGUGAAAGACAAGGACAAGGAUAGAGAGAGGGACCGAGAUAAGGAGAAAGAGAAGGAGAAAGAGAAAGUCACCGAUGUAGAAAAAGAGAAGGCAGAGGAUCAGGACAAAGAAGGGGAAAAGGGCAGGGACAAGGAAGGGGGCAAGGAGAAGGAUGACAAAGAACAAGUAAAGGGAAAAGAGGAGGACAAAGAGAAAGACUCACAGAAAGAAAAAGAUGGGGAGAAAAAGAGUGAAAAAGAGAGAGAAAAGGACAAGGAGGUUGAGAAGGUAAAAGACAAGGAUAAAGACAGGGAACGAGAGAAAGAGAAGGAAAGAGAUGAGAAGAAGAAGAAGGAGAAGCGGUCCAGAACACCACCUAGAAGCUACAGUGCUUCAAGAAGAUCACGUAGUUCCAGCAGAGAUAGACGGAAGAGGAAGAGCCGAAGUCCCUCAAAGUCUCCUAGACCAUCCAAAGUCACAAAAAGGAAAUCUUCCCGGUCUCCAUCACCGAGGAGAAAUAAGAAAGACAAAAAGUCGGAGAAGGAGAGAGACUUGAGUAAUGAUAGGAGAGAGAGAGAGCACUCUACUUCCAAGAAAAAGAGCAGUAAAGACAAAGAUGUGAAAGAAAAGUCUGAGAAGACCACAGCUAUCAAGGAUAAAGAUUUGAGUAAAGAAAACCAGAAUUCUGAAAUUGAAAAAGAAGAGAAGGAAGAUACAGGUCCUGCAGAAGAAGUCAAACUGCAGCAAAAUGGGAACUGUCAACCAAAUGAAGAAAACAUCUCAGUUAAAACAGAAGACGUAUAGAGUACUGAAUGAACUUCUGGCCCAACUGUGGAAAGAAAUGCAAGGUUUUUCCUCCCAUCCCCAACAAUCCACCAAAAGAGGAUAAAAAUAAUCAUCCGGACCUGCUUUAUUGUGCUAGAAGCUGUUCUGGUUUUUCUGGUGGCUUGGCCAUCUUAAAAACAAGCACGAAAGGACUGAUCAAUAGGAUAUGCUGUGACAAAAGCCAACAGCAUAGAUCUGUUCAUCUGAAGGAACCUCUGUUUUUCUGUGAUGAUUAGAUUGGCCUGCUGCUGUUACAGAUAAGUGGAUGUAAUCUCUGCUACCCAGAUAAGCUGCUGGGCAUUGGAAGUUGUUAAAAUAUUGGUACCCCGAUGAUCUUCUGUUUUGCUUACUAAACUCCAUGUGAUAUGUUUUGAUGAUGUGCUUGAAAAUGGUGCAGAAAUAACAUGCUUCCCUUGUUGUUGUAAAUGACAGUGCUGAAAAGUUUUAACCUAACACAGUUUUACAGUUGUUGUGUUUAUGCCUACAAAGGCAAGUGAACAUUCUUUCCUUCAUUGCUUGUGACUUUCUUUUUAUAUUUUUAAGUAAUUACCUUUAUAAGUCUGAAAUCUUUCUCUUACUAGUUGUUGAUCAAUGCAUGCAAUUGUUCUGAUUCUAGAAAGAACAGUCAUGUUUAUACUGGAUUUCCAUUCUUCUGACUAUAAGCACAUCUAUGUAGUAAUUUUCAAAUAAAUGGCUUUGUUUUGAGCUAUAUUGCAGUAUGCCCAGUCACCUGCAAUUAGGACAGAUACCCAUGGCAAGAAUAAAUGUUUUGCUUUUGAAAUGGGAUGUGGGAGCACAAGCUGAUGCUUUAGUGCCUUCUUUGAAACACAGAAUAGUGAUUUCUAAAAGUUUAUGUGCUUUUAAAUCCCCUAUUCAUUUAGUUCUCAAACUUCAGAUGAUUCUGUCACACAGAUAGGAAAACAUUUGAAAGAUCUAUUGGCCUUGACAGUCUUUGGUUAUUCACUAGCAGUUCAUAUAUCCCUAUAGAUGAAAAAAGACUCAAUGGCUAAAAUUGCUGUUCAAGGAUGAUCCUAAGGUGGACUUAACCUAAUCUCCAAUUUAGUUAGACUAUGAACUACUGGGCUGUAUGCCAACUCAGUGAAUUGAACUGUGCUAAAUAAAAGUAGUUGAUCUUAACCAGGUUGUGUACUGGACUGAAUAUGCAGCAUUGAAAUCAAUCUUUAGAUAUCCUCAGUUAUUUCUAACACUGGUUGUGUAACAUGACAGGAAUAGUUUCUCCAUGGAAGACAAAGUAAUCACACAAAUUCCUAUCUACUUGUUGGGAAAUGGCCUGUAAGAGAGCGGUGAGUGAUAAAUGCAACUCCUCUCUGAACCUAUUUCAGCAUUGUAAGACUGAAGGCUAUCUGUAUUAAAAUCAAGAGCUAUUUGAAUAUGACAUAAUACAAUCAAAUUGCCUUACCUCAUGGAAAAGAGUUUGAAAAAGCCAACUAAGCAUAGUAGCUUUCAAUAUGUGUUCUCAAAAUUGCAGUUAAUAGACAUGUAAGCAUUUUAUGGUAAAUGGAAAAAUUAAAUUGCACUGUGGUGAUGAAGCCCAUUGAUUGUGACACUGCUUUAACAGCCCGUUGUCUUUUGUUAUAGUCUAAAGGUUUCCCCCUCCUUUUGGCUUCUGUGUACAUGAAAACUAUAGUGAAUGCUUUACCAUGUAAAGUAUGGAUAGUACUUUUUGUGAUGUUGAAGCCACAUGCAGUUGGCUAGCAAACAGCUUAUUCUGAUAACGUAAUGACAAAUCUCAGAUUUUUCUUGAAGGACUGUGAAAGAUUGUGUCUCGGAACAGCAGCUGUCAUAUUUAUGAUGUGUAAGUAGCAUAGAGCAAAGAUUGUAUACUUGUUAUCUUUGGUACCAUCACUAAUAAAAUUAAGUAUUUUAGAGUGAA